GCGACGGGCCGCCCUACCGAGCGGAGCGGAGCGGAGCGCGCGGGAGCGGGAAGAUGGCGGACGUGGCCGUGGGCAAGGACAAGUGCGGGGAGCAACGGCUUGUGUCGCUGCCCCUGUCCCGCAUCCGAGUAAUCAUGAAGAGCUCCCCCGAGGUGUCCAGCAUCAACCAGGAGGCGCUGGUGCUCACGGCCAAGGCCACGGAGCUCUUUGUUCAGUAUCUAGCCACCUGUUCCUACAGACAUGGUGAUGGGAAGGCAAAGAAAGCACUGACCUACAGUGACUUGGCCAGUAUGGCAGAGGAGUCAGAAACUUUUCAGUUUCUUUCAGAUAUACUGCCAAAGAAGAUUUUAGCUAGUAAGUACCUGAAAAUGCUUAAAGAGAAGAGGGAAGAAGAGGAGGAGAAUGACAAUGAUGGAAUUGACCAAGAUGAAGCCCUGUCCUACACCAAAAAAGAAGUGCUUUAACAGUCAGCCUGUGAGAUACUCUGGGACCAACUCAUGGCUUGAAGUGAGUGUACACUGGUUGCGUCUUGCAUUCUCUGACUUCCUGCACCAGCACUGCACAGCCAAAGGAAACGGCCUGGACGGCAGGUCUGACACUGCUGCACUGAGGCCCCGCAGAGCCCUGCGUAGAUGGACUGUGGCUGUGCAGCGCCAAAGAUGGCCAAGGGAGCCCCUCAGCGCCAGCUGUGUACAUGGGUGUGUGUACAAUAAUGCUUACAAACUUCUGGCUAAAAAUGUAGCUUAUAGAUGGUGUUAACUCUGAAUUUUUGUAUCAAAAAAAACUGGACUGUUCAAAACAUUUUCAUUAUAAAGAAAUACUUUUCUAUCAAAGGUAUGCAUAGCCGGGUAUUGGGGCACACACCUUUAAUCCAGGCCCUCUGAAGGCAGAGGUGGAUCACUGUGAGUUCAAGCUCAGCCUGAGACUACAUAAUGAAUUCCAGGCCAGCCUGGUCUGUAGUGAGAUCCUACCUCAAAAAAACCCCCCAAAAAACAAAAAAGGUAUGCAUAUAUUUUUACAGUUACGGUGCUGUGUGGAAGUAGUUUUUAGGGCCUUGAGUGUUCUAAUAUCCUGUCUACUACUUGAGAAUUUUGUGAACUUCCAAAGUAAGCAUCACAGGCUGUGGAGGUGGCUCAGUGUCAAGUGUGUGUCCAGCACACAUGGCACCCUGAGAUUGAGCCUCACAAACAGUCACACCAAAACUACUUCCAAGUCCUGAAGAAAACACCAGUUCAAAUGAAAUUUGAGAAAUACUACUUUUGCUUAAGAUUUUUUUUAAAUGUGUUUCUGUUCUUUAAGUCUCCAGUAAUUGUUUAUACUGUCUGUAAAAGAAAACCAUAAAGCCAUAUGUUUUCCUAAAUAAGGUGAAUGUUUGCUUUCUGUUUUUUCAGUAUCUUUGUUUUGAAGCUGUGAUUUAUGUCCAGUGAAACCACCUUCCUUCUCUUUCUGUCUUUUUUUAGAUAGAGUCUUGUUUUCUAAUAAAGCCCAGGCUUCAAAUGUA